AUGGUCCAGAUCAGCGAGGUCAAGGGCAACAAUCGCGACAACCGCACGGCGGCCCAUACACACAUCAAGGGACUGGGACUCAAGACUGAUGGAACCGCCGAGAAGCAAGCCGCCGGCUUUGUCGGCCAGACGACAGCGCGAGAGGCAGCCGGCGUCGUCGUCGAUCUGGUCAAGGCGCACAAGAUGGCCGGCAGGGGCGUCCUGCUGGCAGGAGGACCGGGAACCGGAAAGACGGCGCUCGCGCUCGCGAUCAGCCAGGAGCUCGGCACCAAGAUCCCCUUUUGCCCCAUUGUCGGCAGCGAGAUCUACUCGACGGAAGUGAAGAAGACGGAGAUCUUGAUGGAGAACUUCAGGAGGGCCAUUGGGCUCAAGGUCCGCGAAACAAAGGAGGUCUACGAGGGCGAGGUGACGGAGCUGACGCCGGAGGAGGCCGAGAACCCCCUCGGCGGCUACGGCAAGACCAUCAGCACCCUGCUCAUCGGCCUCAAGAGCGCCAAGGGACAGAAGAAGCUGCGCCUCGACCCCAGCAUAUACGAGGCCAUCCAGAAGGAGCGGGUGUCGGUCGGCGACGUCAUCUACAUCGAGGCCAACACGGGCGCGUGCAAGCGCGUCGGCAGGUCAGACGCCUAUGCGACCGAGUUUGACCUCGAGGCCGAGGAGUACGUUCCGAUUCCCAAGGGCGAGGUGCACAAGAAGAAGGAGAUUGUCCAGGACGUUACGCUGAAUGACCUCGACGUGGCCAACGCGCGGCCUCAGGGCGGCCAGGAUAUCAUGAGCAUGAUGGGUCAGCUGAUGAAGCCCAAGAUGACGGAAAUCACCGACAAGCUGCGCGGGGAGAUCAACAAGGUUGUCAGCAAGUACAUCGACCAGGGUGUCGCAGAGCUCGUGCCCGGCGUUUUGUUCAUCGACGAGGCACACAUGCUCGAUAUCGAGUGCUUCACAUACUUGAACCGCGCACUGGAAUCGCCAAUUUCGCCCAUCGUGGUCCUUGCAUCCAACCGAGGAAUGGCGACCCUUCGUGGCACGGAAGACAUUGUCGCCGCGCACGGCAUUCCGACGGAUUUCUUAGCGCGCCUCCUCAUCAUUCCAACGACGCCCUACCAAGCGGAUGAGAUUAAGCGCAUCGUGCGCAUCCGCUCCACCACCGAGGGCGUCGCCAUCACGGAUGCCGCAAUUGACAAGAUUGCAGAGCAUGGCGUUCGCAUCAGCCUUCGGUACUGUAUGCAGCUCCUGACGCCUGCGAGCAUUCUUUCCAAAGCAAACGGUCGCAGCCAGAUUGACGUCCAGGACGUGGCCGAGUGCGAGGACCUGUUCUACGAUGCCCGGCGCAGCGCUGGGCUUUUGAGCGGUGAGGGCGGCCGGGGCUACCUUCCAUGA